UUCUCCUUUCCCAAGUAGCUAACACAAAUCAAAGGAUAUCCAUCUUCUCCUUCAAUCACAGAGUACGGGAGAGAUUUUAUGUCUCUCUGCAGCUCAACAUCAGAGAAUCUUCGCCCCACUAACCUUUUAACUUGAGAAAUCAAGUUUUUAGGGUUAUUGCCAUCGAUUCCAAAGAAUCGCUGCUUCUCCCAAAAAAAAAACAGAGCAGAAAUCUCAUCGCCAAGCACAGUGACGAUACGUGUCUUGGUUGCAAGACACUUCUGAUUACCAAAAUCGAUCCCUGAUCCACUCAUUCGUCGGAGAGGGUUUAUUUUCGUCGGAGGGUUUAUUAACUUUCCCUUUUAUUACUUGAGAGUUUAGAUAUUUGUUUUAUUAUAGAUUAAUAUCUUUUUUAGUAAGUAGAUAGUCACUAGAACUAUGUGUGUUAUUUUUUCAAAAAAUAAGUUUGGUAGGAUAUGACCCAUUUCUUAACUUGUUUCAAGCUCUAUAACAGAAUAUUAUAAAUAUUGACUAAAGAAGUUGGACAUACUUCUUAAAGAAGUUACACCUUGUUUUGACCGAACUAACUUUCAGAACAUGCUUCUUGAUGAAACUUGUCCGCCUAGUCAAUGGUCUCUGGCAUUUGAGCUAGGCGCGAAACGUUUUAAGGAAUAUGUUGAAGGGGGCGGACCAAUCGACUUUAAGAUCUUCUGGGAAGAUUUUUGGAAAUGCUUUGUUAAGCCACCAUGUCUGAUUGAGCACAAGCAGGUGGUUGAUGUUAAGAAUGAACAAGAAAUAUUACCUACAAUUCCCGAUGAUCAGCUUAAGAGAGUUGCUCACUCUUUGGAGUCGCUAGGAAAGCUUAAACAAGCUUUGGAAAUUGCAACAGAUCCUAAAUAUAGAUUUGCGCUGGAUCAAAAGCUGAUGGGAACUGCUGUGAAAGCUCCUGAAGAAAAGCAAGCCACGAAUCUAGGUUACAGUGCGGGCCUUCUCAAUCUGGGCAACACGUGUUACAUGAACUCCACUGUGCAGUGCUUAAAGUCUGUUCCAGAGUUAAACUCUGCAUUAUCCAAUUACUCACUUGAUGGGCCAAGUAAUCAUGUGGACGAGAAUUCUCACUUGCUCACAGUUGCCACACGUGAGCUAUUUCGCGCGCUUAAUAGAGGUGGCGAAGCUGUUUCCCCUGACAAAUUCUGGAAUGCAUUAAGAAACAAAUUUGCUGUGUUUGGCGAUGUGCAGAAUGGAAAUUACAUGCCUCAGUCCCUAAAACCCCCAUCUUCCAGCGAAGAUUCUGACCCUGUGAAAGCUCUCUUUGGUGUCAAUCUUUGGAGCAGAGUGCAUUGUCCAGAAUCUGGUGAAGAAGAGAUCACAACGACCGAAUCUGUACUAUUUCUAUCAUGUUUUAUAUCAAACGAGGGACUGAAAGAUAAACUUGAAAAAAGGUCUAAGGCUCUGGGCCGUAAUGCGGAUUUCCACAUCGAGUCCCUUAUAGAUUCUUUGCCAAGGUACUUGACCUUUCGGUUUAUGCGUUUCAUCUGGGAAAAGGAGACUAGCCAGAACGCAAAGAUUCUCAAGAAAGUGGAUUAUCCGCUGGAGUUGGAUAUCUAUGAACUUUGUUCUGAGGAACUCCGUAAGAAACUGGAAGCUCCACGCCAGAAACUGAGAGAUGAGAAAGAUAAAAGGCUUGGCACUAGCUCAAUGGACAGCGAUGUGAAAAUGACCGAUGCAGAGGAACCAUCAAAGGAGAGUGGGAAAUCAUCCACCGCUGCCCAAACGGGAAUCUAUGACCUGGUCAGUGUGCUGACCCACGAGGGGAUUACAACCGACAAUGGUCAUUAUCUUGCUUGGGUCAAGCAAGAGAGUGGCACAUGGAUUAAGUAUGAUGAUACCCGCCUGAGCCCACAACAGGAGGAAGACAUCAUGAAGCUAUCCGGAGACGGAACAGGUGGUGAUCCUAUGGCGUACAUCAUUAUGUACAAAGCCCGAUUCGUCUCCAUGUAACAACGCAUGGACUUUCUUUUUAUCUCUUUGCUAAGAAUUUGAAAGAUAAGGUUUUCUGUUUUUUCUGUUUUGGUUUGACCUCAAUGUGGAUAUGAAAGAACUUACCUUGUGUAAGUGCAGAAAUAAAUAACGCAAAUUUUUCUA